AUGCUUGAGAUUCCACAAGGCCGCACCCAGAAGACCAUCAUUUCCAAAAAGUCACUCCAACAUAAAGCCAGUAGAUUACUCGCGCUCAGCGAAGACUGGGUCUCUACGAUUGAGUGUUGCAAUACGGGUGGCCGGGUACUUGCUCCUUAUGUCAUUUUCAAAGGGAAUGCGGUCGAGUCUUCUAGGAAAAAGAUGAUCCGUGACAAGAAAGCACAGGUGGGAUGUGAAGAGAAAGGCUUCAGCAAUGAAAGACAUCAGUUGAAGUGGUUGACUAGAACAUUCAUACCACAAACAGCGGUUUCUCAGAACACUCUAUCUCAACGUGGCACAUCAUCGAAUCGAGCCAUACGUUUGCUCCUGCUAGAUGGACACUCUUCUCCUGUCUCAUUUGAGCUUUUCCUACCCAAGUACUAA